UUAUGGACUUUUUAAUUGUGUAAAAUUAAAAUUGUGUGUUUAAUUGUGUCAAAAGGGUUAACUCAACACAAGGAUUAACUUAUUUUCACACAUUGUCUUUUGCAUGGAUUUUGAAACUACAACCUGAGGGAUUCAAAUCCGAUUUUUUUUUCUACCAAUUCCAAUUGUCCUUUCCUUGUCUCUCUCACAGACGUAUAGGAUCAUCUGAACAACAACAUGCUGGGGAAACUAUUCAUUCUUGCAGUGGUGGCCUGCACAGUCACAGCCUUCCCACUCCUUCCUGACCAGGAGGGGGCAGCCUGGAGUCAUUACCCGCAGAGUGCCAACCAGGCCAACGACAAGGCGCACGUCAAUAAUAAAGAUCAAACUAGCAUGUGGAAGAGCCAUGUGGAGAACUCUGACCUCUACUCCCAGGACCCCCCGCACCCCCUGGCCGAGGAGACCCUCCAGAAGCCUACCUAUGUCUCUGAGCAUCUCCGCGCCCGCCUACGAGAGCAGCUGGCCGAGCUCCGCGUGCGACUCUGGCCGGGGUCUGCUGGCGACGCCGCCGCCGCCGCCACCCACUCGCACGCCAUCCGCGCCGCCCUGGCACCCUUGACGGAGCAGCUUCAGAGCGCGCUCACUACCAACGUGCACAACCUCUGCCAAGCGCUGCGCCAGCACCUGCAGGAGCUGCAGCAACAGAGCGCAGUACCGGCCUCCCGCCACCAGGGGCAGCAGGCAACACCGGCCUCCUACCUGCCCCAGAUCGGACGCAGCCUGGAGGACAGCGUGCACCACAUGACCAGCAGCGUCCUGGAGUUCCGUGCCGGGAGCGCGGCCGCCGCCCAGCGUCUCCAGGAGGCAGGGCAAAGGGAGGGGCUUCUGGAGGUGGCCAAUCGCAUCGCACAGGAAGCGGCGACGCUGGAGCAGGAGUUCCGGAACAGAGUCGGGGCGUUGAAGGAGUCCCUGGGCAGCCUGCUGCUGUCCAACAACAGGGGCGGCGCCGGGGGCGACGUCAGCUCCAGCGCCGCGAGGUUCUGCCAGCAGACGCGGGCCAUUGUGCAGCAGUUCAGCGGCGACAUGGAGGGUCAGUUCAGCCAGCUGACUGGGGGUCAGGAGGGGGGCAUGAUGGAGCAGAUGCCCCCACUCAGGGAGGACUUCCUCAGGGAAGACUUCACCUCUCGUAUGCACACCCUGCUACAGGAGAUCAUGCAGACUCUGAACUAAAGCAAGCAGCUCCUCGUGAACUUUAACACACAUACUGUGUAGUACUGUGCACUCAGAUACAGAUAAGUGCGCAUCCACACCUCUGGACACGCACUGGACCUGCACUACCUCCUUCAGCAGCUACUAUUCACAAACUCCACACACACACACACACACACACACACACACACACACACACACACACACACACACACACACACACACACACACACACACACACACACACACACACACACACACACACACACACACACACCACCUACAUUGCUACUUUGCCAAUCCCAGGACAGGAGAUCAUGUAGACUCUAAACUCAUUAUGCAUGAACUUAGCAUGGGCAGUCACACCCACACUCAUCAAUGAACAUGUAUACCGUGUGUACAGGCCCGCCGACAGGGGGAGAAAAAGGGGUAUGUUGUCCCAGGCCCAGGGAGAUAGGGGGCCCAGAAUUGGGUACCCAUUACAUUGUAUAUAUUGGUUAGGGGGCCCUUUCAGAUGACUUUGUCCUGGGCCCAGCGAAAGCUGUCAGCUGCCCUGCGUGUGUAUAUAACAUAUAAAUGGUAGACCUGAAUGUUGUUUGAUGAACUUAAUAUUUGCGGUGACACUGGCACACAUCUACACGUCAAUGGACUUGUAAAUACUGGUGAGGACAUGUUGGUAUGGUAGACCUGAAUAA